CAUAUUAGCCAGGCCCCGCGUUAAAAUGCGCCCUUGCCAGGCUCGAUCAUCCGAUGAUGAUUCAAAUAUGAUUCGUUCCUUUCGCAGCACAGAAGGCAUCAAAUCUAGUAUCUCUCCCCCUCUCUUUCUCAUAUCCGACAUGGAUUUUUGGCAGAGAGCUCGAGUGUUCGCGGAGGAAGCAGCCAAGAAAUCACAGGAAAUCACCAAAGAAGCGGCCAAGAAAUCGCAAGAGCUCACCAAAGGCGCGGCCAAGCUCUCGCAGGAGUUCGUCUCCGAGACGGCCAAGAAAUCCAAGGAGCUGGCCGUCGAGGCGUCGAAGAAGGCCGACAAGAUCAAGAUCGAGGCCCUGAAGCGCGCGGAUCAGAUCAAGACGCUCGCCGGCGAGAUCGAGAUCCCGAUCCCGAUCUCGCCGAUUAAGCACUUGUCUUCGCAGGAACCGGCGACGGAGGAGGCGACGGAGGAUGAGUUGGAGAGGUUUGGGGUUACCGAUGAGCUGAGGGAGUUCGUCAAGGGGAUCACUAUUAGCACAUUUCGAGAUUUCCCUAUGGAAGAUGAACCAGAGAUAUCUGAGGUCCCAACCGUGUCAAAUGUGCGGCAAGAUCUUAACGUAUGGCAAGCAAAGCAUGCUACUAUUGUUCUCUCGACUGUGAAGGAGAUAUCAAGAUUCAGAUAUGAGUUAUGUCCGCGAUACAUGAAAGAGCGAAAGUUCUGGCGGAUAUACUUCGUACUUGUAAACAGUUAUGUGUCUCUUUGUGAGAAGCAGUAUAUGGAGAACCUAAAAGUGGAAAAGAUAGAUAGAGAGCAAAAUGAUGGGGCUAAAAAGAGUUCAAAUGCAGCUCCAACUCCUGCAGCUGAAACAAAGGUAGAAAAAUUGCAAUGUAAGACUUCAACUGCAGAGCAUGAUUUGGAUGUGUUUCUUCUGGGGGAUCUUGGCAGUGAUGAUGAGGGUCCAGAUGAAGGGGACGACGGUUUCAAUGAUGACUUUGAUAAUAUUGAAAGCAACUCCGGUCUAGAAAGUGAUGAAGAUGCCAGCGGUAAUAAGUCCAAGCAGUCAAAAUAAGGCAGAAGUUUAAUUUUUUCUCAACAAUGAAUCAAGUUCGGAGAAGAAACCAAUUGUGGAAAGCGAGCCUCAUGAUCAAUUGAUCUUAGCGGGACGCUAGCAGCUAGCAGCUGGUCAAUAUGGCAGGUUUUCUGGGUUUUGUUUAUCUAUGUAUAAUUCUUUUGAUUAAUUAGUUAGCAUUGAGAAUGUUCUGUUAGAUGUUUAUCAUGUAAAUGUGGAACGCCAAUUUGUUUCAUCUGGCUGUAUUUGCCCGUUAACAAUCUUGCUCUAUGCUACGAUCAUCUUGCUUUUGCUGGAAAACUUCAUUGUCGAAGCUGAAGGAUGCUUCUGAAGGACUCAGGUGUUAUUGUGGGGUCUUAAAUUUUUGGCAAUUGUGUUCA